AGAGAGAGAGAGAGAUGAUGAUGCAGGUUUCAGUAUCGAUCUUCGGUAAUGACCACGAGAAGAAGAAACACAUAAACACGGACUUCAGACUGACGGCAGUCCCAGAAGUGAGAGCAGACUUAACACACAGAGAAACUCAACAGACAACAAUGGCCUCAGCUUCUGUGUUAAAAUGGUUCCCUGAGGCCCUCUAUUACUCAGCCCUGAACGUGGUAGUGCAUCACUAUAAGAACAUCAGACACGAGCUACGGAUAUUCCCUCCUUCGGUGCAAUUCGACAUUCUGUUCAAGCAUUGUCCUGUGUCAGCACCUCUUGUUGUUCUGAUGUUUAACAAAGGUCUUCUUCAGCUGUUCAAGAAUGGAUGUCUAGUAGAAGUGCGGGCAGAGUUGAGUGACCUAGAUGUGAUGACACGCAUGCUAAAAGUUGGGGACAAGAGGCAUCUGCUCCAUCAUUGUUUCCAGGCCUUGAUGGACCAGGCACUUGGGCAUCACAGUACCAAAAUUUCCUCAGUUAUAUCACAAGCAUAUGUGGAUCGGUGUAACCAGGAGGCACUCACUGACAAACAGCGGGAUAGCUUGGUGCUGCAUGGCCUGGCGAUAUCUGCCUUCUUGGCAGAGGCUGGCUGGCUUCCUGAUGCUGAGGUCAUCUUAACCUCUUGCCAAAACCUUCUUGCAGACUCCUCAGACCCUUUGCAGAAGACCCGGGCCUUGGAGUGUUGCCACAGAUUGCUACAUGUCCAGAAUGGCUACUGUAGGUUUGAGGAGGCGGAACACACUUACAACCAGGCAAUGGUACUGGUGAAGCAACUCCAAGGGAUGGGUGCUUCUCCCAACUUAGCCUCACUUUACUCUGAAUUCUCAACCCUCUACAUGCUGCGCUCCAACUAUGCAGAGGCCUACAGCUGGAGUGUAAAGGCAUUACAGUCACUUGUGGCCAACUUUCCCAAGCCUCCACUGAUUGAUGUUCUGAGGCAGUCAGCCAAAGCGUGUGUGCUUAAACGAGAGUUCAAGAAAGCCAGGCUACUCAUCCGGCAGGCUGUGGUGAUUGCCAGUGAAGUGUUUGGAGACCAACACCCAAAGUAUGCAGAUACCCUCAUUGACUAUGGCUUCUACCUCCUCAGUGUGGAUGCCAUCAGCCAGGGUGUCCAAGUGUAUCAGACUGCCCUAGAAGUACGUCAGAGUGUAUUUGGUGGCAUUAAUCUCCAUGUGGCAGUGGCCCAUGAAGACCUUGCCUAUGCCUCUUAUGUACACAACUAUGCCCUUGGGAAGUUCAGCCAUGCCAGGACUCAUGCUGAGAAAGCCAUUGAGCUAAUGCUGAGGCUACUACCUGGGGACCAUCUCCUCCUCUCCUCCAGUAAAAGAGUAAAGGCUCUCAUCCUGGAGGAAAUGGCCAUUGACAAUCACGACAAGGAUGUUGAAAAACAGUUUUUGGAGGAAGCUCACUUAUUGCACAAGGAAGCACUCGCCAUGGCUAUGAGAGCUUUUGGAGAAAUGAAUGUACAGACAGCCAAGCAUUAUGGCAAUUUGGGUCGCCUGUACCAGUCCAUGAGGCUAUUUGAGCUUGCUGAAGAGAUGCACUUAAAAGCCAUCACUAUAAAGGAGCAGUUGUUGGGCCCAGAGGAUUAUGAAGUGGCUUUGUCAGUGGGGCAUUUGGCAUCCCUGUACAACUAUGACAUGAUGAAAUUUGACAAUGCAGAGCAAUUGUAUUUGCGUUCCAUCUCCAUAGGCAAGAAAUUGUUUGGUGAUGGCUAUUCUGGGUUAGAAUAUGACUAUCGAGGUCUGUUGCGUGUGUACACCAUUCAAGCCAACAUGGAAAAGUGCUUUAAGUACCAGAAUGUUUUAGCAUACUGGAAACUGCUUCGUGAUGAGGCUCAAGAAACCCAGACAUCACCAUUUACAGAGUUGACAGAGCCAUUGAGAGUCACUGAUACUCUUCAGCAGUUCAUGUCUAUGUCGUGAAGGUCUCAUUGACUUACUUUUCUUGCCCAUUCAUAAUACUCUCUUUAUAGGGGCUUAAUAUGCUCCUACCACUCAGGGGGAGAUGAGUCUAGAUCCAGCCAUGACUCAAAGCCAUGUUGCUUCACAUUAUGUUAUUGUGGUGAUGUAAGAAGCGGACAAUUUUUGGCUUGCACCAGGCAGCAUUGUGGCCACGAGGCAGUGUUAUGAGAAAAUAGGCUGGUUUGUGAAGCACAAGUAUCAACCAGUCACUAAAUAAUGAAAGUUGUGGACUAUAGUGCUGUUAUUUCAAAAAAAGGUGUUUCAUAAUGUGAAAAGUCCUUAGGGAGACAGAGUUUUAUUCUUAUGACAAUGUAUCUCUGUGCUGUAAUGGUUAGUGUGCUUGGCUUACAACCACAAGAUACAGGGAUCAAAUCCUUAACUGGACAGAGACAAUUUGAUCUUGUCUCCUUUCAUAUUGAAGCUCCUGUUUACUGAAAACAUACAUUAUAGGCAUGGAUGCAUAUUGAUGAGCUGUAAAUUGUUUCCUGACAGGAUUGGAAAGC